AGCAAGCCAUUUCUGAAAAUGUUCUAAAGUUGAGCGUAUUUUUUAAAUACGCAGAAAUACGCAAUUGUUUUCCCUUUUAAACCGCUGGGAUUUCUAACGACCGUCGUCGAUCCCGUUCGUCGCUGGUUCUCGGAUAAAUAAGAAGUCGAGCGAGGAGAUCGAAGCUCAGUAGGAGAGGGGUAGGAUCGGAGCCACGAAACUCCCAGAUGACGCUGCCCAAGUCGCCGGAGGACCGAUCCGAACUCCUCAAGGAGGCGCCGCCCCUCAUCCCGGGACUCCCUGACGAUGUGGCGGAGCUCUGCCUCCUCCGCCUGCCCUUCCCCCACCAUGCCACCGCCCGCUCCGUCUCAUCCUCCUGGAACAAGGCCAUCUCCGACCCAUCCUUUUCCCUCUCCAAGAAGGCCCUCGAUCUUUCCCUUCCUUACCUGUUCGUUCUCGCCUUCGACCCUUCAUCUUGCCCCUCCCCCUCCUCCUCUGUCGCUACCCUCCAUUGCCACGCCUUCAACCCUCGGACCUCUCUGUGGUUCUCCAUACCCCCGCCGCCUUCCGCCAAUCUAUCCCCUCCUUCCUCCGCCUCCGCCUCGCUUCCCCAUCACGGUACCCUAUUCCUCUUAGGCGGCCUCCUUACCGGCACCGAUUCCCCCGUCCCCGCCUUGUUUAAAUACACCGCUGCCACCAAUUCAUGGUCGCCCUCCGCCCCCAUGCCCACCGCUCGCUCCUUCUUCUCCGCCACCACUGUCGCCGGAAAGAUCGUCGCGGUGGGAGACGGCUGCGUGGAUACGUACGACCCCUCGGCCGACGGCUGGACCACAGCGGCUGGGCCGCGGCUCUCGCCGUACGACGUGGCGGUGAUCGGGAGGAAGAUGUAUGUGACGGAAGGGUGGGCGUGGCCGUUCGACAGCCUCCCGAGAGGGGCCGUGUAUGACGCGGAGAAGGGGAAGUGGGGGGAGAUGAAAGCGGGUAUGAGGGAAGGGUGGACGGGGGCGAGCGCGGUGGUGGAGGGACAGCUCCUGGUGGUCUCGGAGCACAGGGGCACGAGAGUGAAGGCGUACGUGGAGGAGAGGGACGAGUGGGAGUACGUGGGCGGCGGCGGGGUGCCAUGGGAGGUGAAGCGGCCGCUCGCCGUGACAGCGGCGGAGGGAAAGGUCUACGUGGUGGGCAGCGGGCUGAGCGUGGCGGUGGGCACCCUAAGGAGGGAGAAGGCCGGGCUGCGGCUCGAGUGGGUUGUGGUGGAAAGUCCGCCCCUGCUCAAGUGCUUGGUCCCUACCGCUGCUCAUCUUCUCUACGCCUGAAUUGGCCUUUCCUUUCUUCCGCAUCCCUCCCCAGUUUCUGUUUCAAUCGGCCCUUUGCAGCCGAGCGGCGAAGACGAGAAGGAAAAGGGGGGAAGAAAGAAAAAGGGGUUCUUAUUUUUCUUUCCGACGGAACUAUGAAACACUUUGCAAUGACGGGAGAAUUUCCGGUGGUUAGUUUGAAUUGCUUGUAACGAUAGUUUGGUAGAUCAUUGAAUCUUUUUCCCAGUAUCAUACAAUUUCUUUGCGUCUUUGGAGCACCAUCUUUCUGAGAAUCUCGGUGCUCUGCUCACUGAAUAGAGAGAGAGAGAGAGAGAGAGAAUUUGACUUCCUUACCAUCAAAACAUCUUGUAGUAAAAGUGGAUGUAUAUAGUGAAGAUUGAGGGACUGGUUUUGCAAUUGAAUAUGGAAUUGAAUACA